GAAGUCAAAUCUUCCUCCUUGAAAUUGGAUGGCGUAGUCAAGAUAGCUGCUGAGGCUCACCAAGAGGUUGACUCUCUGAAGGUGGAACUGGGCAAGAUGAAAGAGAAGUUGAAGGAGGAGGAAGCAUCCAGGCUGGUGGCUGAAGCUCGGGCAGCCGAAAAGGAUGAAGUCCUUCGUCAAUCUUCUUUGGCCUUACUUGAAGCGGCGAAUAUCCCUGCUGAUGCCCUGGACAGAGUUCCAAACAACUCUCCAGCAAAUGCUAUGUCGGUGAUUCUUGCCUCUCACCAGCUUACGCAGGAGCUUCUUGUAAAGGGGAAGGGUGCUCUGGCGCGGAUGCACUGGAUGAUUUCCCCAAGAUCAAGCAGGAGAACAUGUUUGCUAUCUAUCGCCAACGCUACUGGUGAUUUUGAAGAACUGUACCCGAAGGUUUUAGUGCCCGCCAAUAUAAUUGUUGAUAGGCUUGAAGAGGAGUCAAAUCUACCUGAAGAAAGGGAAACUCCGCAAGGGUGA